GCGGCGGCACUGGCCACCCCCUCCGUCCCAGCCGCAGCCUCCGGCUCAGCCCCCCGCCGGCCCCGCCGCUGCUGCAGUCAGCCAUGGCUGCGGAUGGGGUGGACGAACGCUCGCCUCUGCUGUCAGCAUCCCAUUCGGGAAAUGUCACUCCCACCGCCCCGCCGUACUUGCAAGAAAGCAGCCCCCGAGCGGAACUCCCACCUCCAUAUACAGCCAUCGCCAGUCCGGAUGCCAGUGGUAUUCCAGUAAUCAACUGCCGUGUGUGCCAAUCACUAAUCAAUUUGGACGGCAAGCUGCACCAGCAUGUGGUUAAGUGCACGGUUUGCAAUGAAGCUACGCCAAUCAAAAAUCCCCCAACAGGGAAGAAAUAUGUUAGAUGCCCUUGUAAUUGUCUCCUCAUUUGUAAGGACACAUCGCGGCGAAUAGGAUGUCCAAGACCUAACUGUAGACGCAUAAUUAACCUUGGCCCAGUAAUGCUUAUUUCUGAAGAACAACCAGCUCAACCUGCAUUGCCAAUCCAACCGGAAGGUACAAGAGUUGUAUGUGGGCAUUGUGGAAACACGUUCCUGUGGAUGGAACUGAGGUUCAACACUCUGGCAAAAUGCCCACACUGCAAAAAAAUCUCUUCUGUAGGUAGUGCACUUCCUCGAAGACGCUGCUGUGCUUAUAUUACCAUCGGAAUGAUCUGUAUUUUCAUUGGUGUCGGAUUAACUGUUGGCACCCAAGACUUUGCAAGGCGAUUCCAUGCAACCUAUGUUUCUUGGGCAAUUGCAUAUCUCUUAGGUUUGAUCUGCCUUAUCCGAGCUUGUUACUGGGGAGCCAUAAGAGUCAGUUAUCCAGAACACAGUUUUGCAUAGGCUGGCCUCUGAUUCGGUGAUGGCAGGUGAGAGUGUCUCACAGUUCUUGAUAAGCUACUCUGGACAUGUUUAAAUCAUUUAUCCUAAUGGAUUCCAUCCUGGUUUAUGUAAACUAGUUUCAAGACUUUGGGAGUCUUUUCUGGACAAAUGCUCAUUGCACUAUGUUAUAUGCAAAUUGUUUUGCUGCUAGGUUUUCAAACUCAGAAAAAUAAAGCUGUGUGUUUAUGUUAUUUUAAUCUAUUAAAGAUACUUUCAGAUUUGUCACUAAACACCAUAUAUUACCCCUUUGCUAUGGGUCUCAGUCAUUAUUCCAUUACUUGCCAAUCUGUGACUAUUACCAAGAGGUAUUUAUAAAUGUUUCUACAAUAGUUUUGCAUUUAUACUUAUGUUUUAGUUAAGCAGUAUUAACAUUGCUUGCUUUUAAAACAAAGCAAUAUGCAUUAUUUUUGCCUGAACUGCUUACAGCAAUUUAAACCUAAGAUUAUAAUGACCUUAUUCAGGAAAAAAAAAUUGAGUGUACUUUCAAAAACUUGGCAUUCUUGUCAGAGAAACAUUUCUAGAUACUGUAUGCUCAUUUUGUCUUGUUUGUAGAAAGAUAAAAUAUUUUGGUAGUAAUGUAAAAUACAAGAAUGAAAAAUAUUUAUUUGCCCACAGAGAUGUUGGAUAAAAUUUUUUUUCAAAGCUCACAGGAUUUUUUUGCUUUUCAUUAUUUUUGUCUUUUUAUUUACCAGUUAAACAUCUGCUCUGGAUUUAUUGAGUUAAUGUUAAUAGGUCAUAUGUAUUCCUUUAUAGACUGGUGGAAGUAUUUCACGUAACAUGUUUUAUAAUACUUAACCACUUAAGUAAGAUACAUUUACUUUGGGUUUACUCCUUCGUAAUUAGAGUAUUUUUCUUGUUGGGAUAACUGUGCACCACUUAGAUGUGAUGGGAGCCUAGAUAUUUUGCACUAGCUAAAAUGUUAAAGGUUAGAAUUAAUCUUAACCAUUUUUCUCAAGUAUGACUGUUCAGAUGAUUACUGAAUUUAGUCAAGGAAAUAGAUCAAAGACAAAUAGCGGCAUAGUUUUCUAAGAAUUCUCUAAGAUUAUGGAAUCAGCUCUUGCACUGCCCGUUUUUGCAGUUUUGAAAAAGUUGUUUAAAAAGUAAUGCUCUAAAGUCUUUCAUAUAGAAUUAGAUCAUGCAAUGUCUAAGUAAAAUAACUGUCGUUUCCAGGGAUAAAACUGAUAUUUAAAAUUAUUUGUGUUCCUUACUAAUAUGAAAAUGUACUCAUCAGAGAGUUUAGAGCAAAAUCCAUGUAAAUGUCACAGACCAAAUGGUAAAUGUAUAAAUACAGUAGCUCAGGAUUAUAUGUAAUUGGAAAACACACUAAUAAAGGUUAUUGUCCAAAAGU